AGAAGACUGAGAGUGACAGAGAGAAAGAGAGAGAGAAGAGAGACAGAGCACUCCCAACCUGGCAUAAUUCCCGAGCUCCUUGAAGGAAAAUGGCAGAUUCCUGGUACCUGUGGGUCUCCAGCAUUGCCUGGGUCUGGUCUGUGGUAUCAGCACAUCCCUGUAACAUUGACCAACAGGGAUGGGCCGCUUGCAGUGGGAAGAGUCUUCACCAGGUUCCCAAUUCCCUCCCCAGACAUAUUACCAGCCUGGACCUGUCCUUUAACUCCUUGAUGAUGCCCAAACAUGGAACCUUUCUGAGAAACUUCCCUUCUCUGCACUCCUUAAACCUUUCCAGUAAUACCAUUCCUACUCUUUAUCCAGCACUCUUUUGUAACCUCAAGACUCUCCACCUGUUGGAUUUAAGCAGCUGCAGCAUUUCCAUCAUACACCCAACAAGCUUUGUGGGCUUGCAGAACCUUCACACGCUGCUCCUAAAAAACAAUAAACUUCAGUCUCUUGACCCCUCCACAUUCUCUGUUUCUUGGACCCUUGUUCAACUGGACCUACGAAACAAUGAGCUGUCUUCUGCAGGUGAACUCAUUCCACUACUUGUGCAACGAAUCCAUCAUGUCAAGCUUCAAGGGACCCCCUGGGUGUACAAUGGCUCCAUAAUUCCUGCCCAGCAAGGGCUGCAAGAAAGAGAAGUUAAACAGAUCCUCUAUAAAUCACAUCCAGAAGUCAAAACUCAGGAAGCUACUAUUCUUGGCUAUCAGGAUAUUGUCCAUAGACGAAAACAUCGGAUCCGUCGGAAUGAAAAUGCAAGCAGCUCAACUCCAUCAACAAAUGACACAUCAAUGCCACCACCUGGAAAAGUUGCAAACAGCUGGCCAUAUUUUGCUGGUUUUGUGCUUUUGGCUGUUGGCAUCUCCAUCGGAAUUGCACUAAUUGCAAAAUGCAAAUUGCUCCAGAGGAAUCGUGCCAGCUACCACCACCAACGGCUGCCUGAUUCCCAUUCAGUCGGGAGCAGCCGUACUGAGGAUGUACCUGGCUGGGGGGAAGCUCACAUGGACAUGGCCUAUGGGAGAAACCAGCCAAUGCCUGGAGCAGCUGGUUGCCUCGCAGAAGAUGACGAUGGUUUCAUUGAGGAUAACUACAUUGAACCGAGUCAUGAAAUGAAGAAAGAGGAGGAGGAGGAGGAGGAAGAAGAAGAAAUGGAGCCCCAUUUCAAACUCUGA